AUGACGACCGCAGCGGAGCCUGCGAAGGAGGAGAAGCCGCUUGGCGGCCCUCCUUAUCUCACCGACUAUAUGACCAACCCGGACAAUCCCGUCGUUUUCAUGGACAUCCAGGUCGGAUCGCAUCCCUUAGGCAGGCUAAAGAUCGAGCUGUUCGCCGACAAGGUGCCGCGCACCGCGGAGAACUUCCGGCAGUUCUGCACGGGGGAGUUCAAGCAAAACUCGUGCUCUGUGGGCUACAAGGGGGCGCUGUUCCACAAGGUGGUGGCAGAUUGCAUGGGAGGCGACUUCGUGAAGGGCGACGGCACCGGCUGCCUGAGCAUUUACGGGCACAGCUUCGCCGACGAGAACUUCACCCUGAAGCACACGCGCUGCGGAAUAUUGAGCAUGGCGAACACCGGCCCGAACAGCAACGGGUGCCAAUUCAACAUCGUGAGCAAGGCAUGCGACUGGAUGGACGGGAAAAAUGUUGUAUUCGGUUGUCUUAUUGACGACGACUCUACCCUCGUCUUGCGCAAGAUGGAGAGCGUAACGGUUGGCGACGACUUCCGUCCCAAGCUGCCGUUGACUAUAGCGCAAUGCGGUCAGCUGUGA